AUGACCAGCCAGACCCGAAGGUCUAUUGGCGCAAAGUCGGAGAACUCCAAGAACCAUUCGCGAUCAAGUUCGAGUACCACAACUACAACUACAGCCUCCCUACAUUUCGAGACCCCGUCCCCGUCUGACACCUCACCGAACUCGCCCUCCUCGGGUAUGCCGCCUCAUUCAAAUGGAAGCAGCGUUCGUAUCAAUGGGCUGGCCGACGACAUGGUGAAUACCAAAAUGCAUAACAAUGGUUCCCUCAGGAGUCCCAGAUUGCCUUUGAACAGGAAGCAAUCGUCCCCCAUGAUGCCGUCUUUCAUGGUGUCGGCUCCCGGCAAGGUCAUCGUCUUCGGGGAGCAUGCAGUAGUCCAUGGAAAGCCUGCCAUUGCUGCUGCAAUUUCUCUUCGCUCCUAUCUACUCGUCACAGCGCUCUCCAAGUCAAAACGAACCAUAUCCCUCCGAUUUCCUGAUAUCAAUCUUUCUCAUACCUGGAACAUUGACGAUCUUCCAUGGGCUACCUUUUCACAUCCUUCCAAGAAGAAGUAUUAUUACGACCUUGUCACUGAGCUCGAUAAAGACCUCGUAGAAGCUCUGCAACCGCAUCUUGAAACCGUCUCGGUGGGAGUUGCAGAUGAUACUCGAAAGGUCCACAAGAACUCUGCUUCUUGCUUUUUGUAUUUACUACUUUCCCUUGGUUCUCCCUCCUUUAAUGGAUGUUUAUACACGCUUCGAUCGACAAUACCAAUUGCUGCGGGCUUGGGCAGUAGUGCGUCCAUAUCUGUCUGUCUCUCGGCCGCCCUCUUGUUGCAGAUUCGCACACUUUCCGGACCUCACCCCGAUCAACCAGCCGAGGAAGGGCGCUUGCAGAUAGAACGUAUCAACAAAUGGGCUUUUGUAGGAGAAAUGUGCAUACACGGUAACCCUUCUGGGGUGGAUAAUACAGUUGCGACCCAAGGAAAGGCCGUUGUUUUCCAACGAACGAAUUACAAUAAGCCACCCCGCGUCGAUCCCCUCUGGAAUUUCCCCGAGCUACCAUUACUACUAGUUGAUACCAAGCAGGCGAAAUCUACUGCAUUUGAGGUUGCAAAAGUUGCAGCAUUGAAAGAAAAGCACCCUCAGAUCACUGAGUCUAUAUUACAUGCGAUAGGAAAGGUCACAGAAGGAGCUGCGGCAUUGAUUGGACACGAAGAUUUUGACAACGAAGAGCUGUCGAGUUUAGAACAGGUAGGGAGUCUAAUGACGGUCAAUCAUGGGCUUCUUGUCGCUUUAGGAGUAUCACAUCCCCGAUUAGAGCGGAUACGGGAGUUGGUUGAUCACGAGGGUAUUGGUUGGACCAAAUUGACUGGUGCUGGUGGAGGAGGCUGCGCAAUUACUUUACUUAAGCCAGAUAUUACACCUCAAAGGAUGAAACGCUUAGAAGAAUCGUUGGACGACGAAAAUUAUCGCACAUUCGAGACAACAUUAGGCUGUGACGGAGUCGGGGUUCUUUGGCCAGCUGUGCUUAAAAAUGGAAUGGAGGACGAUGAUGGAGGAGAGGAGAUUGACCAAGAGAAGUUCCUGAAUGCUGAUGGUAUCGAAGGUGUCGAAGAACUUGUCGGGGUGCGUGGUGAGACGGGCGAUCGAGAUGCAUGGAAGUUUUGGAGGGUAGAAGAUUAG